UCAAAAGAAGAAGAAGAAGCGGAACUCGUAGCACAACAACAACAUUGUUAGCAGCAUUAGCUCGCAAAAAAGCGAGGAGACUUUUUUCUUCUUAUUUGGGUCCCAUUAACAGGUACGCUGGAAUUUUCGGACACCCACUCGAACAUGUCCUAUGUCUUCAUCAACGACUCGUCGCAGACCAGCGUGCCUCUGCUGCAGUCGUGCAUCGAUGGAGACCUACCCUUCGCCAAGAGGCUGCUAGAGACCGGAUGCGACCCCAACAUCCGUGACAACCGGGGCCGCACCGGCCUCCACCUAGCCGCCGCCAGAGGGAACGUGGAAAUAUGCCGCCUCUUGCACAAGUUCGGGGCCGAUCUGCUGGCGACGGAUUAUCAGGGGAAUACGGCGCUGCACCUGUGCGGCCACGUGGAUACGAUACAGUUCCUGGUGUCCAACGGGCUGAAGAUCGACAUCUGGGAAGGAAACCAUCAUCAGUCCAAAACGCCAUCAGCUGUUUUCACCUGCGUCUCCAGCACCGCCCCUUUGAGCUCACCGCACCACUCCUCCCCUGCAGCCACGUACGCUGGAUUCUUCUGA